AUGCAACACCCAGCCCUGCCAGGCCUCGACGUUGCCCCAAGCUACAACAGCCUGUUGGGUGUUUAUAACGGAGAGGAGUUUGUGUUUGAGGAGAGCAGCUGGUAUAUAAUCAACAUCCUCAAACGUCUCUGGCACUACGGCCUCAACCCCCUGCGCCUGAACAUGUGGGUUGAGGACAUCUUGGACAAGUUUAUGCGAAUCUAUCGCUACCAGACGCACGACUAUACCUUCAGCAGUAACGAGCGCUUACUUCAUGCCCUUGGAGGGAAUGACUUUGCCCAAAUGCUGAACCAAACCCUUGAUGAAUCCAUGCAGAAAGCUGGCUUCUCCCAUAAGUUCAUAAAUGAAGUGAUUUGUCCAGUCAUGAGAGUCAAUUAUGGGCAAGGAGUCAACAUGAAUGCUUUUGUAGGUUUUAUUUCGCUGACAGGGGUGGCACCUGGCGUCUGGGGUGUCAAGGGAGGAAAUAAACUUGUCUGCAAUGGCCUUAUCUAUGCUGCCAAAGCACAGCUUAUUUCUGGCACAGUUCUGUCCAUAGAGCCAAAACAAAGACCUGAUCCUGCAG